AAGUCGUCGGUCCGGCCGCUAGCCGUGAUCGUUUUGAAUUCGCCCUUGCCUAGAUCGGCAGUCAUGAGGAACUUAUGGGAGAGCGCUGGGGUCCGUAUAUGUGCUGAUGGUGGCUCCAACAGACUCCACGACCAGUUCAGCGGUCGGCUAGUGCCCGACGUGAUCAUUGGGGAUUUCGAUUCAGUACGACCAGAAGUCAUCAAGAAUUUCCAAUCUUUUAAGCUCGGCUCGCCACUUCAGGUCAUCAGGUGUUCUGACGAGUGCAACACAGAUCUGGAUAAGUGCAUGCUAUAUGCAGCCUACCAUUACGGCAAUCAUCGAGAUGAGUUUUUCGGGAGUGACAGUGUCGAUCCCUUGGUUGCUGUUGCUGGAUCGAUAAACUAUGCCGGUCGACUGGACCAUACGUUUUCCAUUGUUAACUCACUGUUAACGGCAACUCGAGGGCGCUCUAAAGAGAGUGCAGGCGAGUAUGCGGUUCACUUUCCAAACAAGUUCCGACCGAUUCUCUUCGACCCCGAUUGCCUCGCUAUGAUCCUCCCAGCUGGUGAGCAUUCGUUACAUUUGGGCAGACCGGAAUCUGUACGACCGAACAAUCGGUAUUACGCUGGGCUGUUGCCCGUGGAAGGUCCAGUACGGUCCUGCACCACAGAGGGGCUGAGGUGGAAUUGUGAGGAUUAUAGACUGGAAUUUGGAGGUAUUAUUUCCUCAUGCAAUCAGAUCAGUGAAACGACAGAGUUGAUCAAAAUAGUAAAUUCCGAUCCUCUACUGUUCACUAUGACUCUCGAGAGCGAGCAGUGUUCGUCGAAAUCCUCAUCCUCGAAGCGUGUUGACAGUUCUGGUCCAAUUGAAGGUUUCAAAAGUUUCUAUGCAUCCGUUACCGGCCGUGACGAGAUCAGAGCACCCGAGUGA